UUCGAGGAAGAGAGAAGCCUCCAUUCCGCAGGAGUAAUGGUGAUGGAAAAAAAGAGAGCCAGAAGGGUGGAGAAAGAAGAAGAAGAAGAACGCGAGCGGGGCAACGAGUUUGCGAAGCUGCCGAAGGAGUGCAUCCUCCACGUUUUCUCCUUCGCGACACCUCGUGACUCGUGCAGGUCGGCUGUCGUCUCCAAGGCUUUCCUCUCCUGCACGGGGACCGAUGCCCUGUGGGAGCGUUUCCUGCCGUCGGAUUAUGCCGAGAUCCUAUCGCGGGCCGUUAAUCCCGUCUCCUCCCCCUCCUCCAAGAAGGAGCUCUAUUUUGGUCUCUGCAAGCCCAUCCUCAUCGACGGCAGAAAACUGAGCUUUCAUUUGGAGAGAUCGACCGGGCGCAAGUGUUACAUGGUGUCUUCGAGUAUCAUGUAUAUGGCAUGGCGGCACGUAUGGCGACACUGGAGAUGGAUCUCACAUUCAGACUCCAGGUUUGGAGAGGUGGCAGAGCUUGUAUCCGUUUGUUGGCUUGAAAUCACUGGCAGCAUAAAUAGUGGACUGCUCUCUAAGAAGACGUUGUAUACAGCUUAUAUGGUCUUCAAGUUGGCCUCCGGCGCAUAUGGCCUCAAUUCCCCUCCGCAGAAAGUCUCGGUCAGCUUGGGAACCUAUUCAUCCGAUAGUUUCAUUACUCUACAGCAGGAUGAUGACGAUGAUGACGACGACCAGGAGGAGGAGGACGAGAAAGGAAAGAGGAAGCUGAGGGACGAUGGUUGGAUGGAGAUCGAGCUGGGUGAUUUCUACAACGAUGAAGGGGAUAAAGGGGAAGUAAGGAUCCACCUGAGCCAGUGCGAAGCCCUGCAUUUCAAGCAUGGACUCCUCAUCGAGGGACUUGAGUUCAGACCCAAGAUUUAAGGAGGACAUGCAUGCGCACUAGCCAGGAGGAGACUCGAUGACUCUUUUAAAGAACUUGAACCUUGCUUUUCAUGAUCCAUUUCAUCAUGAGCUGAUAGAGAGAGAAACUCUGGGCUUCUAAGCUUAUUUCAUAUAUAAUAAACUUCACUGUUAUUAAUCGUACUAAUUAUUUUGUUAGAAAAAGAUUCUAGUCA